AUGAUCAAACUGAAGUCCAGAGAGAGAGUCAAAGCCAAGGACCUGGGGGAGGGAUCGCUCCUGAGCCGACGCAGAAGUCGAAGUAGCUUUGAGGCUCUCUUCACACUGGGGAGCAUGCUGGGUAAAGGAGGAUGUGGGGCGGUCUACGCCGCCAUGCGCAAAAGUGACGGCCAACAGGUGGCCAUAAAGUAUGUGAACAGAGGAAUGGCCGAGCCAUACGUAAAGCUUCCCGGAGAGAGGAGUGCCUUGCCCCUGGAGGUGGCCCUGAUGCAGAUCGUCUCACGGCCCCCGUCCUGCUGCUACGUGCUGGGCCUGCUGGAUUGGUUCGAGGAGGCCGAGCGUUUCAUCCUGGUGCUGGAGAGACCCUAUCCCUGCAUGGACCUGUUUGAUUUCAUCGAGGAGCUGGGAGGCCGGGUGGACGAGUGUCUGGCCAGGAUCAUCAUGAUACAGGUGGUACUGGCUGUUCGGCAUUGCCGCGACCGAGGGGUCCUGCACCGAGACGUCAAGGCCGAGAACCUACUGGUGCAGACGGACAACCUGCGGGUUAAGCUCAUUGACUUUGGCUGUGGAGACCUUCUGAGAGAAUCCUCCUACAGAGACUACUCAGGCACAGAGGAGUACUGUCCUCCAGAGUGGGUGCUGAGCGGUGUGUACCAGGGCCGCCACGCCACCAUCUGGUCACUGGGGGUACUGCUCUACGGCCUGGUGUGUGGCCGUCUGCCCUUCAACAAGGAGGCUGAUAUCAUUGCUGGCCGCCUGCGCUUCAAAAAGGGCCUGACUAAAGAGUGUAAGGCGUUGAUCAACUGCUGUCUGCAGCAGGACCCCACCAAGAGGCCUGUUCUAGAGCAGAUCCUCCUUCAUGACUGGAUGGCAGACGGACCGGUGAUCUAG